AUGCAGCCUAUUAUCGAAGAAGAAACUGCUGAAAAGUCCUUGUCCUCACCAAAAGGGGUUUCUGGUUUAAAACGAAUUCACAAACUUCAACUCUCACACAAAGGAAUCAAGAUUCAUGAGAUUCCUGCUCCAGUUUCUCCAGCAUCCAAAAAUCGAAGGGCAAGAGAUAUGGUCAAGAGUAUGCAAAAGAAGAAAAAGCAUGUUCAAGAUCCGUUGGACGAAGUGGUUGUUGAGACUGACUUUGAAGACAGUGCCAACUCUCAGUCUCCAAUUCGUCAAGAUGAUAUGGUCAAGACUGACUUUCCAUAA